GAAAAAGUGUUCAAAGCUUAAACUAACAUGUCAGACUGUCAGUGCACAGUGGCCAGUGAAAACAAUCCGCUUCUCUUUAUAUAAAUCCUUCAAUCCACGGCCUAAAGCAAAAGCACGCACAUCCACGCUCUGUCACUAGCUGAGCUAGCUAGUGCAAGGCCAGCCAUGGCGUCGACGUGUCCAAACUCCAUAGCCCAGCUCCUCCUCGUUCUCUCCCUGAGCGUCUUCCUCCUCUCCAAUGCGCACCCCGUGGCCCCGCAAUCACCGCUGCGGCAGUCGCCCGCGCCUCCGGCGGCCGCGAAUGGGGUGACCGGCAUUUCGCCCGCGCUGGUCUCCACGCUGCGCGAGACGCUUGGCGCGAUCAAGAACGUCGCGUCCAUCAUCUCGUCGUUCCCCAUCGGCGGCAUCCUCGGCGGCGGCGACCUCCGCCUCUCCUCUGCCAUCGCCGACUGCCUCGACCUGCUCGACCUGUCCUCCGACGAGCUGUCGUGGUCGAUGUCCACCACGUCGUCCUCUGCCCAUCCCGCCAACGCCGGCGCCGCCGCGGCCAACCUGGGCACUGGGGACGCCCGCUUCGACCUCCGGUCGUGGCUGGGUGGCGCGCUGGGCAACCAGGACACCUGCAAGGAGGGCCUCGACGAGACCGGCUCCGUGCUGGGCUCGCUCGUCGGCACAGCCCUCCAGACCGUCACGUCGCUCCUCACCGACGGCCUCGGCCAGGUGGCCGCCGGCGAAGCCGCCAUCGCGUCGUCCCGCCGCGGCCUCGCCGAGGGCGGCGCCCCGCGUUGGCUGGGACCCCGGGACCGCCGGCUGCUGCAGAUGCCGGUGGGCCCCGGUGGCAUGCCCGUGGACGCCGUGGUGGCCAAGGACGGGAGCGGCAACUACACGACGGUGAGCGCGGCCGUGGACGCGGCGCCGACGGAGAGCGCGAGCCGGUACGUGAUCUACGUGAAGAAGGGCGUGUACAAGGAGACGGUCGACAUCAAGAAGAAGAAGUGGAACCUGAUGCUGGUCGGCGACGGCAUGGGCGUGACGGUCAUCUCCGGCCACCGGAACUACGUCGACGGCUACACCACGUACCGCAGCGCCACUGUCGCUGUGAACGGGAAGGGGUUCAUGGCGAGGGACGUGACGUUCGAGAACACGGCGGGGCCGUCGAAGCACCAGGCGGUGGCGCUCCGGUGCGACUCCGACCUCUCCGUGUUCUACCGCUGCGCCUUCGAGGGCUACCAGGACACGCUGUACGCGCACUCGCUCCGCCAGUUCUACCGCGACUGCCGCAUCUCCGGCACCGUCGACUUCGUCUUCGGCAACGCCGCCGCGGUGUUCCAGAACUGCCUCCUCGCCGCGCGCCUCCCGCUGCCCGACCAGAAGAACUCCGUCACCGCGCAGGGCCGCCUCGACGCCAACAUGACCACCGGCUUCACCUUCCAGUUCUGCAACGUCACCGCCGACGCCGACCUCCAGGGGGCGCUCGACCAGGCCGCCGCCGGCAACGCGUCCUCGCCAGCGGCGGCGGCGACGCAGACGUACCUCGGCCGGCCGUGGAAGCAGUACUCGAGGGUGGUGUUCAUGCAGUCGUACAUCGGCGCCGUGGUGCGCCCCGAGGGGUGGCUCGCGUGGGACGGCGAGUUCGCGCUCGACACGCUCUACUACGGCGAGUACAUGAACACUGGGCCCGGCGCCGGCGUCGGCGGCAGGGUCAAGUGGCCGGGGUUCCACGUGAUGACGAGCCCCGACCAGGCCGGCAACUUCACCGUCGCGCAGUUCAUCGAGGGCAACAUGUGGCUGCCGCCCACCGGCGUCAAGUACACCGCCGGCCUCACGUCGUGAUCACCGGCGAGCAUGCAUGCCUUGUGCGACCGUAGUACAGCACAUCAUCAUCAUAUACUACAGACGUUGGAAAGGAGGUAUAACUAAAGACAUGGUGUAUAAAAUCUUUUAGGAAUUGUGGCGUUCUGGGAGUUUUUAGUUGUUUAAUUGGUGGUUAAUGGAACAAAUU